GAGGUGGCGGCGAUUGUUGUUGAAGGCCGCUGGCCGACCAAGUGAGCCAUUGACAACUUGGACGCAGUCAUGGAUGGCGCGGCGGUCGGAAUGUCGUCCCUGCAUCUCCCGGAGAUCUCGACGCUCUGCGAUGGGACCGCGCAAGUGUACGCAGUCGUGGCACUGGCAUGCGUUGUGUCGUGGAUCGUGUUUUACCGAUACACCGAACAAGCCGGCAAGGUCAAGCUCGUGUUCAACGGCCAGUCAAAGCUCAACCAGUUCAUCGCCACGAACUGUGCGACGCUCCAAUCGUCGUACCAUCCGCCGUGGUGGGCCAUGAGCGCCCACGUCCAAGUCUUGUUGACAGUCGUUUGGCCGCAAGCCGCAGUCAAGUAUUCGCGCGAGAUGCUCCGUAUGCAAGAUGGCGGUCACGUCGCCAUCGACUGGUUGAAAGGGACGGCGACCUUGCCCGACAACGCGCCGGUUGUGUUGGUUCUCCAUGGAUUGACAGGCUGCAGCGACGGCUAUCGUUCGUUUUGCGCCGACGCACUCGAGGCAGGGUACCGCCCUGUGGUCUUUAACAAACGCGGCCACGGCGGGUCGUCCCUGUCGGUACCGCUCCUUCAGGCGUUUGGAUGUGUGAAGGACAUGAAGGAAGUGAUCCAUCACAUUCAACGGCUGUUCCCGGUGGCGCCCAUCGUCGGUGUUGGUUUCUCGGCGGGGUCAGGGCUCCUGUGUUCGUAUUUGGGUGAAACAGGCAAAGACUCCAAGCUACAAGCGGGGGUGUUUGUCUCGCCAGGCUACGAUUCGGUCGAGUUGUUUUGCAACGGCGGCAUCCGUGCGCCGUACGACUCGAUACUGACAUAUACGCUCAAGAAACUUCUUCGGCAGCACGAAGACGCGUUGUCGUCGGUCGUGGACUACGCCGCCGCCAUGCAAGCGCGGUCCGUGGCCGAGUUUGACCGCCACGUGUACAUGGCGUUGCAUGGGUACGACGACCUGGCGUCCUAUUGGAAGCACAACAACCCAAUGCGGGCGGUCGAGAACAUUGCGGUCCCCGUGCUUUGCAUCAACGCCAAAGACGACCCGGUCUGCACAUAUGGCCAGAUCAACUGGUCCAUCUUCGACAUCAACCCCAACUCGAUGCUCGCAAUCACAACGUAUGGCAGCCACUGCGGGUUUUUCGAGCUCACGUCGGGACGAAAGCUCAAGUCGUGGGCAUCCAAGGCAUCGCUGGACUACCUCUCCACGGCCCUCCACUAUCUCCAUACGUCCAUCUCGUCGAGCAAAGUCAAGGAACAGCUCUGAGCCUUAUUUCGAAACUAUGACAUGCAACCGUGCGAUCGCAUUCACGUCACAUUCAGACCGAUGGAGCGAUUUCAUUCCUAAAGCGACGAGUCGAUCGUCCCGUUCGAGUAGAACUCGCAAGAGUACAUUCGUCGCUCGUGGUCCGUCAGCAUCGGGUCGUGGUUGACUUUCAAAUGGAGAGGCUGGCGCGGCGCAAAGCAUUUGCACCAUCGAAACCACGGCCACGCCGCGUUGUCGGUGUCGUCGGCUGGAUGCAUGUCUGGCCGAGACACAAGGGACGGAGUCGUUUUGUUUCUGGAGGCCCGUCGAACGGGCGAGUUCUCCGGCGCCGUGUCGUGGGGUGCGUCAACAUAUCUACAACCAGCCUGAAGUCGAACUUUGGACUCGAUGGAUCGUACUCGACGUAGGGAGUGGCGUCGUC